AGUACUCAGCAACCUUUACCUUGGCCGUGGUUGGCCUCAUUUCCCUACCAAACUAUGGGGCCUACUUCUAAUUAAACUCCUGCUUAGGGCCAGGUAGCGGAGGAAAGAAGGCGGGCGAGCCGACCAACCCUCCAGCUAGCCAGCCUGUUUGCCAGACUUGCUUAUUCAUCAGCAAGUGACGCUCUGUCUCUGGGGAGGGCCGGGCACCGCAACGAUGGUGUAUCCGGGCCCUGCGCUGUCAGGCUCGGGUCCGCCACGUCAUACAGCGCGAGUCUACUUGAGGCGGAAGUGACGCGACCAUGGCGGAGCGGUAUGUCAAGCCGGGGAACCGGGAGCGCGGCUGGAACGACCCCCCUCAGUUCUCGUACGGGCUGCAGCAGCAGCAGCUCCAGGCGACUCGUGGCGGAGGCGGCGGGGCCAAGCGAGGGCUGCUCACACGACGCGUAGCAGCAACAGCAGCGGGAGUAGACGGAGCGCCGCCGCCGCCGCCGCCGCCUCGCACUUCCCACGCCUCAGCACCUGGUUCCGAAAGUGCUACUUUCUCACCCAAGUUGCCAACUGUUCCCCCGCCACCUGUGGGCUUCCCUCAUUGUGGUUUACCAGGCCCUUCUGUGAGGGCAGAUGCCACAAAACCACUUACCACUGAGGCUGAAGAGGACUGCCAUGUGGAGGAUGUUCUUUCCCUGUUGAAUGAGGCUCUGGACGACUGCAGGAGAUCUGUGAUGAAACAGGUUUGUGAUGAUAUCAGCAAGCGCCUGGUAAUCCUGCAGCAGAUGUGGGCACAAGGCAAACUCUCUGUUCCUGUGAGAAAGGGAAUGGAGAUCCUUACACAAGAGCUCAAGAGUCAGCACUGGGAUGUGGCUGAUGAGAUCCAUCGCUCACUAAUGGUGGACCAUGUCACUGAAGUAAGCCAGUGGAUGGUUGGAGUCAAAAGGCUCAUUGCAGAAACAAGGAACUUGCCUACAGAGGAUCUAGCCACAGUAGAGUCUGAGCAAAAAGUUGAAACCUCGUUGGAGCCAGAAUGCCAGUAAAAUUAGGCUGAGCCUAGGGAGUUGGCAUUAUAAAGCUGGGCUCACUGGGGAUUGAUUUCUUAAGCAGCAGAGAAGCUGUUUAUCUCCUAAGCACUGGCAAACUACUGGAGUUAGUUUUUGCCACUGUGACCCAACCUUAAUCAAGGAGAAUGUCUCAGGUUGGCUGGAGGACUCUGGGCAGCUUUCUGAAAUCAGUUAACAGUUAAAAAUGCCAACCUUUUCUGCACUUGGUACAAAAUGGAAGAAAGUGGCUUGAUAAUACAAUUUCAAUACAACUGUUUCAGGAACUAUUUAUCACUGUAUAAUUAAAAGUUCAUACUGACAUAUGUGGUAUUGAAACUAAGAGCUUGAACCUAUAGCUAUUGCAAAGUCCUGUUCCUGAGUUUUUUCCAGGAUGGAUUAGGAUAGGCUCCUGGUCUUCAUGUACCCUGUAUCUUCAUUCAAACCUUUCCAGCUUGUUGGUUGGGAAAUAUGGACUGUGUGAAAGGGUGGUCUCAAGGUGUUGCAUUUCUACCAAAAUGAGAGGAUGAAGGUUCAGCAUUUAAAAAAAGGAACAUUUUUUUUACUGCAGUGUCUUCAUUAUAGAAAAGACAUUGUGCUGCUGCAUUUUUUUCACUGUGACCCUCUACUGACUUCUAUUCAGUCAUUUGCCUCUGGUGUUCUUUCUCCAUGCCCUUAGGGCAGCAGAUGGAGGAUAAUGGUGACACUUGCUGUGUGCCCUGCUUCUUUUAUUCUUAAAUAUUGCAGUUUAAUACUAAAAGUAGUUUGACCUUUGUGAUAACUAUUGAAGGUAAUAUAAAAAUCCAUUAACAAAGUUUCAUUAUCCCAUGGGUGGAUGGGUGGGUAGAGUUGGCUGCAUUCAGCAAGAAUCCGUCCGGUCUGCUGGCAGCAUUUCCCUCUGCUGUCUUGAGCCCCUGGUUGUAUACAACACAUCAGUGUGUGUGAUUUACUGCCCCCCCCCAGUCAGCUAAUUGUGUGUUAGUAAGUGAAAGGUGACAGAGGAGGCAGAUAUCUGUAACAUAAACUAUCAGCACAAAAUAAUUAAAAACAAGUUAAAGCUUAUGAUGUUACCUUUAUAUUGCUAAUUGUUAGAAUCUGUCUAGUAAGUCUUGUACCUUAACUUGUAUAAUUGACAUAUUAAACCAGUUCCUAGCUUCCAGCUCUUGGCCACAAGUGGGUUUCUGCAAUGUCUUGCUGUACCCAUGCAUAAUAGCAGCUGGGAGAAGCUAAUGACACCUAACAGUCUCCAUCCUCUAUCUGGGCUGUACUGGGACAAUGCCAUUUCACAUUCUACACGUUGGCCUGACUCUCGCAUCAUGCUAAGCCAAACCAUGGUUUAUCAUGAGCGUGUGAGCUCCAGAAGAGGAUAUUUGGGUCACUUUGCUCCUCCAUCAUACUGAGCUAAGCCAUAAUUUGGCUUAGCGUGUCAUCUGACAUGGUUUAGCUCUCUCCAGAAUGACCUGUGAGUUGUUACUAUGUAACUAUUCUUUUGUUCCUCAUAUAUCUAAUCUUCGGUGUUCCAGGGAGGGAACUAAAGUGUGAGGAUAACCUUCCAACAGAUAUAUAAGAGCAACAAGCCAUUCCUAUUCAGAAACAUUUAACAUUGAAAAACAUUACCCAAGCCAUUGUAGUCAGUGAUUUACUUACCAAUGGUUUGCAUUCAACUGCCCUGCCUUAGGCUGGGAGUACCUGGGAGUAAGUCCUAUUGAACUCAAUGGAGCUUACUUUUGAGUAGACAUGUAUUGGACUGCAGCCUUAGUCUCUUACCUGCUAAAGGGAAUUUGCUCACCAAACAUGCUGUCGAAAGAGAGUCAAACUAACCAUUGCAAGGCAGUGUAGGGGUUAGACAGAGUAUGGGACAAGGAUUCAAAUCUUCACUCAGCUAUGAAGCUCCAUUCAUAGUCUACUAGCUCUAAUUUACCCAUAGGGCUGAGAGAUUAAAAAAUUAAAAUAAAAAAUAAAAGAGUGUUGGUUGGGAGCUGGGAGGAAACACAGGAGAUAAUUGCACAUAAAAAAAUAAAAAUCUGCUAGAAUCCUAUUGUGGUUUGUUUUCAAUGUUAAAAAGGUCUUACUCUUUCUAUAAAAUACAAAUAUGGACAUACCAAUCUAUUAAAAUAUUCUGCUGAGAUCAUACUGCAUGUGAACCCUGCAUUUGGAAAGGUUGGUGGCCACAGAGAAGGGCCUUUUCCGUGAUGGCUCUCCGACUUUAGAACAGUUUUCCUAAUUUCUCAGUAUAGGCUCCAUACUGAAAGCUGCUCCCCAGGAUUCAGACAGGGUGCUUUCCCAGUCUUAUCUACAAAUGCUGGGGAUUGAACCUAGGACCUUCUGCAUGGAGUGUGCUCUACCAACGAACUAUAGUCCUUUCCCAAGUUAAGUUUAGUUGCCAAUAAAAACUCUUUGUUUGCUCAGGCUUUUGGCAGCAUUACAUUUUUGUAUACUGGUAAUUGGUUCUUAAUUUGCAUGAUUUUGAAUUUUAAUGGAUUAACAACAAUCUUGGAGUCCUAUCUUAGAAAGGUCCGAUAACAAAGAUAACAGGAAACUUUCCAAUAUAAAAUACCAAUGCAUAUGCAUAUUUAAGAUACAGUUUAAAUAGAAAACUGAAUGUUAAAGAUACAUACCAGGAACGAAACCAAACCAAAGGACUUGGAAAGCUAGUAUUCCCAUUCUGAGGUGUACCCAUAUUGGUUUCAAAAUCCACAUCAGGACCAGUCCUUCCCUACUGCUGGUUAGAGAGAUCAGGGAUGUUGUUUCUCAAAUCAUAACUUCACACAAAGCUAGGAAAUCAAAUCAGCAAGCAGGUUAAAAUUAAUCUGAGCAAUCUGAACAAAUGCAUUAACAUUUAAGCAAAACCUGCUUUAUGCUUUGAUGUGAAAACCCCAAGUAGUAGUUUCCUUUCGAAGGGAUACAAGGGCAUUGUUAAGUGUUUGUUUCAUCCAGUUGGAAAAGGGGUUCAUUCUUUUCUCCAAGAAGGUAGAAUGUUCCUAAAGUAUCAAGGGAACUUGUGACAGACCUACACUUUACAAUAAACCUCUUGUGGAACACAAGCUGCCACCCUGAAAUAUUGACAGUUAAAACUAAGCUCUGAAGGGAACAAUAGUGAUGUCUUUUUUUUUCAGCUGGUGGGCUAUGAUCCAAAACUGGUUCAUGAUGAACUUUUUCAUCAAUGAUCUGGUGGUGUGGCUGAGCUGUAAGGUGGCAAAUGACAUGUCAAAAAUGUUAAAAAUGCAAAGACCUCCACAAAAAGACCUCCACUGUGUAAAUGGAUAACAAUGAGGCUCAAUAUAUGUAAGAGUGUAAAUAAAAUAAUGCAAAAGGGGGUGAGGUGGGGUCUCUUGAGUAGGGCAGCCAAGGACCUUUAUAGGUUCAGAGAUUUUUAUGUUAGUGCAAGGUGACCAGAAGAGCUAUGUGAAAUUCUAGAAGAUACAGAUUAUGACUGACUAGAACCUAGGUCAGUACCUUCAUUGUAAAUAAGCGUAUAAGUGCAGGGAAAAUGACUUAACUGCCUUUGAGCUUAUGAUUUUAACCCAGGGGGCAAGUUUCCCAAAUUUAUAGAUUUUUGGCAGGGCUAGACUUGGGCAGCCUGACCGGUCUUCAAGGAUGGUGGGGAAAGGAUUUAGGUACUGCAACAGAGUCCUCAGACUGGGGAAAAACCUGGUCCUCAGUCCUAACCUGCUGAAUCUCAGCCCACACCCACCAGACUUUAUUAAAAAUAGCCUUCAGAUGGUACCUCUUACACCUGUAACACUAUCUCACAUAAACACAUCUUUCCCUACUAUGCUAGAGAUGCAGAAAAUAAAAGGCAUGUAUUUUCACCUCUGGUGGGAGUGUCAGAAAAUAGCACAAUUUUGGGAACUAGUAUUUGCAGAAAUCUGAUCACAAAACAAACCUUGAGUCCAAUACUCACCCUUGUCUCUUUUGGGAAUUUGGAACAGCUCCAAUACUAAUGGUAACAGUAAAAUGCUAAUAGCAAGAUACAAGAGAUAUUUAGGUGUAAGCAAAGAAUGAUAUAUGACCAAAUAUGGAUUCUGGCCCUAGCAGAAAAACUGACCUAUAAACUCAGAUUAAGUAGAGGCCAAAUUAUUUGGAAAGACUUUAUUUUUCAUGUAAAUGGUGAGCACAACACAUGAUCUCAGCACAAUACACCAAUAUCCAGAACUCGAACCACCUCCCAGUACGGCAGAUAAUUUGGAUAGUAAAUGUGUUUUCCCAAAAGAUCGCUGACUACUCAUGUGUAAAGGUAUACUUGUGAACUCUUAUUGAUAAUCCAGUGCUAUAGAAUACUUCUGACUCACCUGUAAUGUUUUAAUUUAUGGUUUUACAAUUUGUUAAUUAUUGUCCAAGUGUAUACAAAUGACAUUAGCUGUAUUUUUCCAUUUUGUAUUCUGUUAUAUCUCAUUUCAUUUAUUAAAUAAAACUUUUUUAAAAA